GUCUGCAGCAGGAAAUUCGCGAGCGGCAAAAAGCCCAGCUCGAGCUGAAGGCCUUGCAGCAACAGAUCCAGGAAGACAAGCGAUUUAUGGCGCGAUCUACGACCGGGGCUGGAACGAGGACUGUAGCUCGGGCUGAGGCUGGGGCGGGAUCUGAGGCGGCAGCUAUUGCGACCACGACGAAGCAGCCGAUUGAGGAUAUGCAUAUUCCGCUCGCCGUUACGGCCCUUCACAGCGAGCAAGCCGAGUCGAUCGCUGAUGCCGCAGCUUCCGAACGAGCUCUGCCACAGACAGUAGACGAUGCUGAGACCAGCAACCGCCUUGACGCAGCAGCCACGGACUUUCUCCAACUCAGACGAAUGCGAGCAAUGAGGUCCUGUCUUCGAGCCUGGACGAGAGCCACUGCUGAGACGCACGACCGCUUGACCAAGUUCCUGACAAUAUCCAACUGGAGAGCAAAGAAUCGCCUGUUUUCGGUCUGGCUUGUGCGACUGAAGAAGCUGCAUAUCGAUCGGGAGGCAAAGCGACAAGAAGCCCUUCUCAAGGCCGAAAACGAAAGCCUCAUCAAGGCGCUGCGACACCAUCGCCGUACUCUGAUAUCCAAGUACUUUGUUUGUUGGGUUGCGUGGAUAGAAUCUCAGAAGCAUGAGCAGGAGCUUCAAAGGCAGCACAAAGAGCGGCUCAAGAGAAUGAAAGAUCUGCUGCAAACACUUGAGGCUCAGCACAACGCUGCAGAAGAAGCGCAUCAGGACCACGCCAACGAAAUGGCUGAGGGUCGGGACUGCUGUCGCCAAGGCGAUGGUUCCGAUGGUGCUUCCGCGAAUGGACCGCGAUCAAUCCGAGAAUCUAUGGAAUCAAGCACCACACAAGAUAGAGCCGCGCUUGGGUAUCCAGCCAGCACGAGUAGCAGUCGGAUGCUCGACGACCCAGAGACGGUCGAGUCGCAGAUGGUCAGGAAUGAUGGUGACGAGCUGAUCAUCAGUACUUGUCCGACCCAAGAUGCGACUGAAGUUUCCAGGGCUGAGUCAAGAUCUACAACCGGCCCUCGAGUGCCGCUGGUACGCUCCGUGCGUAAACCCACCGAAAAAUUCAAAAUCACACGCAGCAAGCACGACGAAAGGCUCCUCCGGAAGAUGGAGGAGCGAGAUCGAGAAAGAAAGGAGCGGCUGCAAGCCGCCGAGGAACGACGACUGGAGCGUGAACGAAAGCAACGGGUCGCAGAAGAGGAGGAGAAGCGCAAGAUGGAGGAGGCAGAGCGCGAGGAGCGCAGACAGAUGCUGCUCGAGAAGAAACGACAGCUCGAGGAGGAACAGAAGAGAGAGGCUGAGAAGCUGGCCAGGCGGAGAGAGUUCGCAAGGCUGCUUCAGGCAGCGCAAGCGCAUCACCAGCAGUCCCAGAUCAAGUAUUUUGGCGUUCUGCCAUGGAAGAGGCUCGUCUGUGCCUUGCGAGAGCAGAUGAUCGAUGCCCAACGGCACCGUGACGUAUCGAUGGUGAAAUCAGCCUUUACCCUCUGGCUGACAAGGCUUGAAGCACGGCAGCGGCAAGAGCAGGACCGCGCUGUGAAGCACCACCGAACAAUGGCCCUCAGGCAGUGCCUCGAGCUCUGGAAUGAGAGGUAUUGUGCAAUCUACUCGAUGCGACAAGGUGCCCAUGUCCACGCGAUCCAGCACCACCAGCGACGGGCUUUUGCCGACUGGAAGGUGGCAUACGUCCGCACAUCCACGAGCCGGCUGGAAGUUGAACGGGAGAAGGAGGCCCGGGCCGACAAAGUAGCACAGCGAAUUGUGUCCAAGCGCUGCCUGAGAAGGUGGCGUAGUUUCGUAAGCGAGUCCAAGGAGGAAAAGUGGCGAGAGUUCCGACGACAGAUGCUCCGUGAGCGAGUUCAUGAAAUCCUGUCCAGCUCUCGCCUGGAAGAGGUGCUCAAGUUUGAAUCCAUAUAGCUGUGCCGAGCGAUCAUGUGUAUGAGCUCGAUGUCUUGCCAAUAGCGAUCCGCGCACAGAAACGCAUCUGCGGCUGAAAGACACAGAGUGGCUCCGAGUGCAACCGCUGUUUGUAAUUCGUCAGGAAUACCAUCGUGG